GCGGCGGCCGGGUAAAUUCCAGCCAUUCCGCCGCCUGUUUGGGAGGAAGAGGAGGAGGGAGACAGAGCGAGGGUUUGAGGAAACCAAACUGAAACCCAGCCACUCCACUGGUGAUGUGUGCAAUGGGGUGGUCUCAGGCCUGGAGGAGUCCAAUCAACAUCUAAGAGAGCUAAAUCCCCUGGGAUCUCGAGCUUUUUCACACGAGAGCAUCUUCAUCCCUGAGGAUUCUGUAGAGAAGCCGUGCACAGAACUGACCAUGUCUCAAGAGAACGUUUCAGACAAAGUCAGGAACCUACAAAAGCAGAUAGCUCAUAAUAUAAAGUUUGGUCAGAAACCUCCCUCACUAAGAAAAAAUGAAGGAGAUGAAGGUAGCUCCGAUGAAGAGGAGGAGGUACCGAGAAGUCCAUUGCGAGUCCUGGCACAGGUGGAGCCAGAGCCACAGGACACUGAAGCCAGGGAACAAGUUGUAUCUGCUACCCAUGAAUUGGUUCACUAUAGGACCCCUGUGAAGUCCCCUCGCACAAAACGUCCUCCUCCCCUUGGUACGAUUGAAUCAAUUAACCUAGACGCUGUUCCCCAGUCUGCUCCACGCCUGGAUAACACUGCUGCCAAACAUAAACUGUCUAUCAAACCCAAAAACCAACGAGUGUCACGCAAGCACCGCAGAUUCACACAGGAGUUUCUGGAGGGGGAUCUUUCAGCAGAUCUGCAGGAAGAGACAGAUGUGCAGAAACUUGUAGAGGAAACAGGAGUUUGGAGAGAAAGGCAUGCAAGGAGUCACUGGACCAGAGAUGAUCAAGAGCUUCCUGAAAGAUCUAAGAAGCAGAGACUUCAUGAAGAGGAGCAGGAACGUCUGGGGCUUCAGAGAAUCCAGGAGCAAGAGAAACAGAGAAUAAGAGAAGAAGAAGAAAGAAAAGCUGAGGAACUGAGACUGGAACAGGAGACAUUGCGCAGAAAACAGGAAGAAUAUCAACAGAGGGAGGAAGAGGAACGAAGACAGCAUGAAGAAGUCAGAAGGAAGGAAGAGGAUGAGAGGAGAAAGAGGGAAGAAGAGCAACGCUUGAGGGAAGUGGAAGAGAGGAAGAGACGUGAAGAGGAAGAAAGAAAAAAGAGAGAAGAAGAGAGACGUAGAGCAGAGGAAGAAAGAAGAGAGCAGGAAAUCAUAGCAGAGCGCCUUCGCUUGGAGGAGGAGAUCAGAAGGAAAGAAUUGGAGGAGCAUAAACGAAAAGAGGAGGAGGCAGAAAAACUGAGACUUUGGGAGUUACAGGAAAAACAGCGCAGAGAAGAAGAAGCACGCCUUUAUGAGGAACAAAGAAGGCAACAAGAAGAAGAGGAGGCUGAGAUGAAAAGAUUGGCUGAUGAAAAGAAAAGGAAGGAAGAAGAUAAAAGAAAAAGGCAGCAAGAAGAGUUGAGAGCUGCUGAGGAGCACUCCACAUCCUCUGAUCCAGAGUGGAAGAGGAAAGCAGAGGAGCUGCGAUGGAGGGAGAUGGAAGAGAGGCAAAGACCUUUCACCUUCAAAGUGUCCUCAGGUGAAAAGCAAAUCUUAUUUCAGAAGGUCAAUCUAACACCAGUUACCCCAGUACCUCCUCAGCAGGGUGAAACAGCUGCUGAAAUCAGGGAAGCCACUUCAGGUGUUCCUGAUUCACCAAGUUUAUCUUCAUCCCUGUAUGUUCCUCACACUGCUAUAUUAGUGACUGGAGCCCAGUUGUGUGGUACAGCAGUAAAUUUGGAUCAGAUAAAAGAUACAGCCUGUAAGUCUCUGCUUGGUCUCUCUGAGGACAAAAAAGCCUUUGGGACACCAGCAGGGAAGAACAAGACCUCACCAGAUCGCAAAUCUGGAAGAACUAAAUCAUUAAACGAAUCAUCUUUAUCUACAGACCAGUCUAGUGCUGCAGUCCUGGCAGAGUGGGCCAGUAUACGAUCCAAGAUUUUUAAAGGUGGCCUAGAUGGAAAAUACCAGGAAUACCCAGACAGACAGGUGCAGAGCCGAACAAAAAGUGAGGACAUCAACGAUUCACCAUUCUCUCACACCAAUCUCAGGAAGACCAUGUCAGCAAGCGCUAAGUUUUCUAUCACUCCAGCCAGAAAGAAGUUUCCUGACUCAAAUAGAAGUUCUGAGGUCUUUAGUCAAGAAGAGACAGAGGGAAGUAGGGGGGAAUUACCAUCUACAGAUUCUGCUCCAAGCCAGCAUCUCCAUUCACCUUCCUCUGCCAGCAAAGGUCAAAAUAAGGGAGGAAAAAUGGUCCGUAUCUCAGACACUAAAGAAGAAUGCAAGUUUGCCAAAGACCUCCCUUCCUUCCUGGUUCCAAGCCUGCCACAUGGAGCCCAAAAACCUCUGAUUUCUGAAACAGGACCCCUGAGCCAGGUGGAAUCAGAGGACUCAGACACAAAGGAUUAUGGGGAACAGAAAGACCAAAGUGGUGAUGAGAGACCCUCACCAUUUGGUAUCAAGCUGAGGAGGACCAACUACUCCCUUCGUUUUCACAGUGAGCAAUCCACAGAGAAGAGGAAGAAAAGGUAUAGUGCGGGUGACAGUUUUGAAGGCGUAUCAGUGCCCCUGACCUCUGUUGACCAAUACUCUGACUCUUCUGCAUUCUCUGAGAAGACCACCAUCACAACUCCAUUUGGAGACAGUGGAAUGAAAUUCCAAGGAAUCUCUAGUAUAGAGUCACGCUUCAGGCCUGGUAGAAAUGUUCCCACUUCAGGAUGUAAUGAACGUGACAAAGUCAUCUUUAAGCCCCCAAUUUAUCAGAAACCAGCCACAUUACCCAAACCAUCUGAUGGUGCCACACCUCCACCUUCUCCACUACCUAAACCUGGCAGAAGGACUUCUGGGGACAUGCUGUCCCAGAGAUCAGGUGGGCCAGAAUUGGCAGUCUCUGAAGAGCGUACUGAUCAAAAGUUAGAGCCCUCAGAGUCCAUGCAAUGUCAGAAGAAUGGUCAGGGGGAUGAUGAGCCAAAAGAAAAGAAAUCCUUCUUUCCAUCCAUUAGCAUUCCAUGGAGGGAGAAAACAGAUCGGAGGACAGAACUCAUAAGGAGAGAAAAGCCCUCUUUGCAGACCAGGCAUUCCUUAGACAGCUCACGGACGCAGGAGAAGGAGACGGGACCAUUAUGGAUCACUCUGGCUUUGCAGAAACAGAAGGGCUUUCGAGAACAGCAGCAAAGCAAAGAGGAAAGGAAGAACCAUAGAGAAGCCAAGCUGGCUGAGAAACAAGCCAGAGACAGAGAAAGCGGUAGAAUCGUGAGCCCUACAGAGGGUAAGGGGAAUGGAAACUCCAGUACUCCGAAGGCACAAACCCCAGAGGAGAACAAGAGACCAGAGACAUUACUGACUCGCUUUGAACGUCGGGACAACUUAAAGAAGGCCAGUACCCUACCUACUUCUGUCACAGUUGAGAUAGCAGACUCUACCCCAUCACCCCCAGCAGCAAAGGAGAUAAAGCGCUUCCCACCUAGUGACACUCCACAGGUUUCCACUGAACCAGCUUGGCUUGCUCUUGCCAAGCGUAAGGCCAAAGCAUGGAGCGACUGCCCACAGAUCAUUAAAUGAUGUGUUAACUCUGACUUCUAUUACAAAAAAGGGAAACACACUUUUCAUCAGCUGUGUCACUCACAGGGUAUGAUUUCACCAUACUCUUGACCAUUCACAAAAUACCACACUAUCCGUAAAACUGCAUUUGUUUUUCUUUUUGUUUGUGUGCCAUUUUCACCCCUCAGAAUGGGUAGCAAGCAGCACGUAAUUCAAAAAUAUUGACAUACUUGUAAUAUUAUGUAAAAUGGUCCAUACAGUGGUGCUUGAAAGUUUGUAAGCCCUUUAGUAUUUUCCAUAUUUCUGCAUAAAUAUGACCUCUAACAUCAGACUUUCAAGUCCUAAAAGUAGUUAGAAAGAACCAAAUUAAAUGAGACAAAAAAAUUAUAUUUGGUCAUUUAUUUAUUGAGGAAAAUGAGCCUCUUGGCCCUUUUCCAGCUCACUUCAGCUCGCUUCAGCUCACUUCAGCCCGACACGGCUCGCGUUUCGACUACCAAAAAACAGCACGACUCGGCUCGCUUCAGCCCUGCUUAGCCCCUAAAACUCGCACCGUUUUGGAGUGGGGCUGAAGUGAGCCAAACCAUGCCGAGUGAGGCUGGGGGCGUGAGCAGACACUCCCCUGUGCACUGAUUGGUGAGGAGGAGUAUCCUCACAUGCCCACACACGCCCCGCGAGCACGCUGGGAUCUGUAAACACCGUAAACCCGGAAGAAGAAGAAUUACGAGAAUUUCUGAAGCCUUAUGCGCCUCGCCUCAUCUAUACGCUCUUGCCAGUAUCUGUUGGCGUUGUUGGUGACAACAAGCCACAGCACCAAGACCAGCAACACUAACGACUCCAUGUCCUCCAUGUUUAUUGUUUACUAUCCGGGUUGUGAGACUACCGCUUAAAAGCUCACUGAUGUCACUGUUUGCGCUGCUUAACGACAUCACGUGACGUCCACCCACUUUCGCUAACUCCACCCAAUGUGUCCACCCACUUCCAGCCAGCACGGUUCAGCGCGGUUGUAGUCGAAAUGCAACUCCAACAGCCCCGCUCAGCUCGACUCAGCACGGCACGGCUCAGCCGCGUUUGUAGUGGAAAAGCGGCAUAUAUUCCAUAUCUGUGAGCAGUCUGAAUACAUACCUGUAUUCAUAUAUCGACUGCUAUAUACACUAAUAACUUUUUAUUCUAUCCACAUUCACUGGAUAUGAGCAAUCGCAUGCUCUGAUUGGCUACUCUACUACUAGGCUGUCAGCUCAUAUACCGUGAGUAGAGAAAAACAAAAUGGCGGAGCGUGUUGCUGAAUCAACCGAGGACGAAAUAAAAACUCUACUCGAAAACAAAACCCCCAAAAAUACAUAAAAAGAGCAACAAAAUAUGGAAAGUAUUUGAUGGUAAGAACGUAUCUUUUUUUAAUUCUUCACAAAUUGCUACUGUUAUUUCGCCCAUUUGUUUACAUUCUAAGCGGAAAUGAUUUUGUCGGACGUUUCGUAUAAAGUUUUUAUCAAAUUUGCAAAAAAUAAAAAUGCUUCGUUUCUCAAAAUCCAGUGAAUGUGGAUAGGAUAAAAUAGCUAUUCCACUCAAUCUGGUCAUACAUGGUUUAUAGCCUACUCAGCGUUACGUGCCUUGUCGGCUAUCAGCUCAUGUACGACUCGAUUUCGUGGAAUGACUGUUAAAUCUAAGAAAUACCAUUAACACUAAGUAACUUUCUGAUAAAUUGAAUAUAAACCAGUGUACAAUUUAAAAAGAAAAUAUAGUGAACUAGUGCGUGUGCCAGGCUGGUGGUGAUUAGCACUGUCGCCUCACAGCAAGAAGGUUCUGGGUUUGAGCCCAGCGGCUGGCGAGGGCCUUUCUGUGCGGAGUUUGCAUGUUCUCCCCGUGUCUGCAUGGGUUUCCUCCGGGUGCUCCGGUUUCCCCCACAGUCCAAAGACAUGCAGGUUAGGUUAACUGGUGACUCUAAAUUGAGCGUAGGUGUGAAUGUGAGUGUGAACGGUUGUUUGUCUUUACGUGUCAGCCCUGCGAUGAUCUGGCGACCUGUCCAGGGUGAACCCCACCUCUCGCCCAUAGUCAGCUAGGAUAGGCUCCAGCUUGCCCGCAGCCCUGCACAGGAUAAGCAGCUACAGAUAAUGAAUGGAAAUGGAUGGAUGGAGAGUGUGUGCCAGAGUGACAUAUUUGGUACUGUUGGAAACCAGAGGAAUUCUGCUUCAAGAACAUGCAACACUUAUGACAAUAAACUGAACAAAGAUAAAUUUGCAUUUUAUCCACUAAUAAUUUACCAAAAGAAAGAUGCAUAACCCUAAUUAACACAAAAGAACAUUGUGCUUACCUAAAUUACAUUGUAGGAAAUCCCGGUGAAUCUGACUUCUCAACCAAUCAGCGUAUCCAAUACACAAGGGUUUCCCUACUACAGUGAGACCGGAAUAGCAGUCUGCAAUGGUGAAAGGUUUCAUUUGGUUCUCUUUAUCUACUUUUAGGAUUUGUGUGAAAAUCCGAUGAUGCAUUAGGUCAUAUUUAUGCAGCAGAAAUAUUUAAAAAAUUCUAAAGGCUUUACAAACUGUCAAGCACCACUAUAACUCGAGUGAUUUGUUCAAACAUACAAUUCUGGAUUUGAGAGACAGACAUGAAUAAAGCAAAGCUUCUCAAUGUAACUCAAGAUAAUCAUAAAUUUUUUUAUUAAAAACAAAACAAACAAAAAAAACCCAACCAACCACCAAACCAGGUUUCAAGUACGUAUCUUCUAAUCACAACCCGGGAAUCUAAGCCCAGCAGACCCUUUGCUAGCAAAUCAUUUGUCCAAAUAUAUAAAGCAUGUGUAGUGUACAAUGAAAUAUUACUAAAACAAAAUGAUUCAUGAUUCACAACUUCUUUAACGGUUUGAGAUAAACUCUUUGGGGAGUCUUUUCAGAACUCACUCAAGGGCUAAAGUCACCCUGAAAAACGUCUUGCUUCACUCUGACUCUCUGAUAUGUAUUACAAGCAUGAACAUCGGAACUGGCUAUAUAUUUUUUUUUGUAGUCUAGAUUCUGGUCCUGACACAUUUCAAAAAUGUGUUUGUUAAAUUGUCUUAACACCUCAUAUCUAAUAUGGACAAGGUUAAUUCUCUUUUUGUUUUUGUGAAAAUUAACUUAUUUGAUAUCUUGGCCAAGAUUUUCACUGUGUGACAAACGACUGCUGUCAUUUAAGCUGUCACUGAAAAUUAACGUAAUGAUGACGGUCACUGUGUUUACUUAUGUAAAUAACUUGCAUAGUAAAUGUUAUUAAUGACGCUUCCGUUCGAGCACCAUGUUAAAUCAUUUCACUGGAAACCAUUAACCAAAUGUUAAUGAACUAUCUGCUUCUUGCACAGUGUUUAUGCCCUCCAGUUUCUUUGGAAAUAGUUCUCUGGAACACAGACUGCUUGCUUGCUGUAAUAAACACCAUUAUCCUGUAGCUUGUCCUAGCUCCUCUUGCAUCAGACAUUAAAAGCAAAUCAGUGGGAGAUCAGUGCUUUAAAAAAAUCCUGCUGGAGGAAGUCUAACCAAUGCCGUUGCAUAUGAAAAGACAUUAUUCUCAGAAAUAACAACAGCUUCGAACUAACAAAAAGCCUUGAUCUCCCAGCAAAACACUGACCCCCUCUACUUGACGUAAUAUUUUGUAUGUAUGUAUGUAAUGUAUGUAGGUAUCUAUGUACAGAGGUGGACUGAACUGCACUGUGUUCCUUUGAAGAUCCAUGAGCUCUGUCGCAUUGUUUUUAAUUUGGUCGUGUGCAAUCGUGUAGCGUCAAAACAGUGUUGUACGUAACAUUGAAAUAAAAGCAGUUUGUUGGUAA